GUUUAAUAGAGGCUGUCACCCAAAAACAUCGCUGUGCCUUGCUCGGAUGGUCACACUCCAGGAGAGAGGAGCUGGAAAGCCUGAAGCCGGCUGUGGGGAACUCUGGAGGCCAUCUUAGCCCUGCUUAGAAGAGAGCUGCCAUGUGCACGGGGAAGUGUUCAAAGUGCAUUGGGAUCACCCUCUUCCCACUGGCAGUAUGUGCCAUUGUCUCCAACAUUCUUCUGUACUUCCCCAAUGGACAAGUACUGCAGCUCAGCGAGAUAACUGAUUUGGUCUGGUUUUUCCACGGCAUUCUGGGAGCUGGGAUACUGGUUAUUUUGCCAUCAUUCAUGAUGCUGGGAGCAGGUGGAGCAGGAUGUUGCGCCAACAGAUGUGGGAUGCUGCUGUCAGUGAUCCUGUCUGUGAUGGGAUUCGCAGGAGGAGCAUAUUGUGUGGUCAUCUCUUUGUUGGGGCUGAUUGGGGGUCCUCUGUGUGACACAGGUGAUGGAGAAUACCUCUACCCUUUCAGGAAUGACACUCUGGAAGACAAUUAUUUGUUUAACCAGACAACGUGGAGUAUUUGCAAACAACCUGAAAACAUCAUCCUUUGGAAUAUUGUCCUUUUCUCUAUUCUCCUGGUCAUUGGUGUGAUUGAAGCUAUUCUUUGUUUCAUUCAAGUCAUCAAUGGACUCACUGGAUUCAUAUGUGGCACAUGUAUGAGGAGAAGAAAGACAAAUAUUUCUGGAAUGUGAAUGACCUACAAAGAAUGCCAAGACAAGCCCCAAAAUGCUGAUUCACAUACAAUAAGGAUAGUGCACUGUACUGUUUUAUUUAUGGGGGACAACAAAAAAAAAAAGUUCAGGUGUUUCACAGGGCAAAAUUAUUUUUUUACAAUGAAGUCAGAGUGGAAAAGGGCUAGAUCAUUUCAGUCUGAGACUCCACAUUUUCAUCUCUCUAAACAUACCUGCUAAACCUCAGGUACUGGCAAAAAACAUUAACCUGUCUGGCCCUUACUGCUGUACUUGUGUAUAAAGCACAACAGUCCUCAGAUAAAAGGCCAUCACUUGCCCUCUCAUGUAUGUGGGAAAUGGAGCUAUUGUUAAUGUAUACCUUUAUCAGCUGCAUGAAGCAGAUGCUCUCUGGCUGAUGUAAAUAAUGUCCUGUGCUCCCCAAAUCUGACUAUGAGCUCACCUGUCUGUUCCUAUUAAUUUUCAAAUGGGGCAGUCACAGGUUUGAAUGAGGAUGGGCAGAGAAUAUAUGGAGCAGUGUUUGAGACCCUGCAGAGGAACUGAAGAACAUGGUUUUCAGCCUCUUUCUGCCAGCCUGGAGCCAGAUCCCCUUGCCAAAGCCCAGGGCACUUCUAAAUUGGAUCUUCAGGAACAUCUGAGAGUUGUGGCAGCCUUAGAGGAGCAUUUGAGUCAACACAGGCAAUAGGGUUUGCAGCGAGAGCUUAGAAAUGUCUGGUUUCACAAAAGAGUGAAGAACCUCACCACCAAUUUUGCCUUCAUGAAACUGCUUAAGAAUUUCACUAACAUCCACACAGGUCUGUAGGGCUGCUCUAGAAUAGAGCACAUGGAUGAAGGAAUUAAUUCACCAAAGAGAAAUGUUGUAAUUAUGUGCAGCUUAGUAAUAAAUAGAAGAUAUAAUCUGAAGGCAGCAAGUUGCAUCAGCUUUAGUUUUUUAGCCACAGUAAUACCAACCUGGAACUGCAUAAUUCCCCAUCAUCACUCAAGAGUAAGCCCUUGAUCUUGAGCUAAUGCCCGUGACUGGAAGUUUCAGAAAACUCAUCAUUUCAGUGACUUCCUCAAAGGUUAAUUCUUGGACAUGAACUGUCAGUCAAACCAUGAAAUAAUCUUUACCCAUCCUGAAUGCAAGUAGGCAGCUAUGAAAACCUGAAUACCUUUAAAGCACUUGGAGCCUAUUUUUCCUGAUUUAUGUUUUCUCAAAGUUGUUUGUAUUUCUGCACUGUAGUAUGGGAACAAGCCCUUAAAAUACACUUACUGCAGACAUAUGUGGCUGCUUGUGCUGUCCUUUAAUGCAACGUGCAAAAUGCUUCACAUUCUCCUAUGUAUAAAAUGGAGAAGAAAAGGCCAGUUUCCUAGAUGAGAAGCAUAUGCACCUUGGAGCAUAGUUUCACCCCUAGAAGGAGGAAAUUUAACCUGUGAAAUUUAAAUGCAACUUCUGUAAAGAAGAAAGCGUAAGACUCGUUGAAGUUUGCAGUCCAUCCCUAGGUGCACCCAAACCUGCCAGGUGGCUUAAAAAGCUCAUGUUCUUUGCCAGCAGUGAAGCAUGGACAGCACAACCAGAUACAGCAGACAGCAAACCAGGAAAAGAGUGAAAGAGGCAGUGGGAAAGAAAGAUGUUUGCAUGUAGUCAGGUGGAGAGAGGUUCCUUCAUCAGCACAGGGGCUCUAUGAACUCUUCACAGUCCUUAAAUACCUGCCUUUCCUCAUCCCUUGGUUUUGACUCCCUUACUCUCAGCUCUGGGAUAAAGCCAGCCUUGGCUGUGCUAGCACCAGGAGAGGAAGAGAUACCCACUGGCACACCUCCAGCACAGAAAAAUAAAUGCACUGUGCUGCUGCCAUCUGCUUGUUCCAGGCUGUCCUGCCCUGGGGAUGUCUGUGUGCUCCUGGGAAUACCCUCUGUCCUGCCAACUGUGUGACCACUGGCCUCACUGAUAUAUGUAAAUAUUAAAUGUUGUUAUUCUGAACUUA